UUUCGUAUAGGAGGAGGGAACAGUUCCAGUACACGAAAGCGAUGCCAAGCAAACAUUGUUUUGGCAUCAAUCUGGAACGCCCCUACAGCCUAACGCAGUAACGCUAACGCCUCCUUUUUUUCUUUUUUCUUUAUUUAUUUCAAUUCAUAUUUUUCGUUGAUAACCUGCAAGAGACAAAAACACAGCAUCGCAACAAAUUAACAUCCAUAAAAUCGAAAAUCACGUGUCCCAUUCCAAUAAUUCCAUUUCUCCCACUCACCAAACCCAACCCAACCCAACAAAUAAAUGCACAACAACGAACGACGAAUGAAUCUGUUGUUGCUGCAUUAAAGGAUCAGGUUAAUGGAUCCGAAACCCUUGGUGGAUUCGGACCCGGACCUUGACCCGCUUCGGGUUAAGAGGAAGACCCUUGAGGCCGUGCUCUUGCAGUGUCAGAGAGCUCUUGAAUUGAUUAACACUACUGAUUCUGCUGAUGUUGAUGAAGACGAUUGCGACGUUGAAACCUCAACCUCUUCGUCAACUCCUGAUCCAGAAACCGAUGAGUUAUGUGAUAUGCUCAAAUCUAGAGUUGAAUGCCCUGCCUUCCUUGAAAAGUUAGAGUGUGCCCAGGUGUCAGUUUCACAGAAUUCAGCUGAAGAAGGUAAUUCUUGGGAUAUGAUUAGUGAAAAUGAUCUUUGGGAAGGUGAAGAUGUUGACUCAGACCAAGAAGAUUAUGUCCUUGUUAGGCAAGAAGAUAUAGUGGAGGGCAUUGCUUGCUUCAUGGCUGCAUAUUUGCUAUCCCUCAAGCAGACCAAGGAUUUGACCCCUCUUCAACUCCAGGAAGCGCUCAGCAAGACAUUUUCAGUGAAAAAGAAAAAGGGAAAGCUUCGAAAGGCUUGGGAUGGGAGCAAAGUUAUUUAUAAUGUUGCAUCAUGGGGGGCCACGGCCAUUGGGAUAUAUCAAAACCCUGUUAUUCUUAAGGCUGCAACUAAAGCUUUCUGGACUUCUUGUCAUGUCAUAUCAAAGCUUCUCUGAUUUACCGAUGCAGCUUGGAGCAAAGUUGUGGUGUAGUAAUUUAACUCUCGUACUCUUGCUUGUGCUGCAAUUCAGCUUGGCUUUCCACGCCCUGUUCGUGUUGGAUUAUAGAUGCAAUUCCUUUGCACCACAGAUCAAUUGAUCUUAAUAUAGUUUGAUAUUGUAAAUAUCAAUACUCAAAUGUUUCCAAGUGCAAUUCAAAAUCGUAUUCAAAACUCAGGUCUGCAACAGUCUCCCCACUCCACCACAUCCGAGAACCCAACUUGUGGUUGCCUUUUGUUCUCUUUCAUUUUGCUGCUUUUGCUCCCUAAUCUUUUUUCCCAUUUAUUUUUUUUAACCAUCACCCCAUAACCCUUUUGACUUCAUUUGCGUUUAUUGCUAAUGGUAGAGUCACAUCAGUUCACGCAAAUAGAGUGGGCAAAAUGUGAGUGUAGUUGUAGUAGUUUUGGACCGAGGUAUCGAAGGAAUUUUUAAAGGAUUUUUUUUCGGUACCUUGGCUUUUUU